AUGCGUCUCAUUCACACAGAGCGGUUACAGCUUGAAGAAUUCGCAGAUGAAAUCCCGCCUUAUGCAGUUCUCUCGCACCGAUGGGGUAAGGAAGAAGUUACGUUCCAAGACAUCCUCCUCAGCCGGAACCAUGGUACGGAGGGCUACCGAAAAGUGGAGAACAUCUGUAAAGUAGCCAACCAGGAUGGCUUCGAGUAUGCCUGGAUUGACACCUGUUGUAUCAACAAAGACAGCAGCGCUGAGCUGUCCGAGGCAAUCAACUCGAUGUUCAGAUGGUACGAAUCGGCGGAACGGUGUUAUGCUUACCUACGCGAUGUCUCUCUGGAAGAUGAUCAAUUUGAUAUAUCAACCAAAGUUAGAAACAGUGAAUACUUCAAACGAGGCUGGACCCUUCAAGAGCUCAUUGCUCCAUCGGACGUGCGUUUUCUUGCAAAUGACUGGAGUGAGAUAGGAUCCAGGGAAUCUUGGUGUACCUUGAUACAUAGUAUCACCAGCAUAGACGAAUCGAUACUGAGAGGCUCAGCACAGUUGUCCGAUUUCAGUAUUGCCAGGCGAAUGUCAUGGGCUUCAGGGAGAAAGACGACACGUGUUGAGGAUACAGCCUACUGCCUCAUGGGGAUAUUCCACGUUAACAUGCCAUUGCUCUAUGGAGAGGGAGAGAAGUCUUUUAUAAGACUGCAGGAAGAGAUUAUGAAGGAGUCAGCCGACCAGACACUUUUCGCAUGGGAACCACGCGAAUCAUCAGAUCGAUCUGCAACUGGUCUUCUUGCACGAUCACCUGCUGAUUUCAAGCAUUCUGGAGAUAUCAUACCUUUUUACUUUUCAAAGAAGGAUUCUGCUCCGUUCUCGGUAACUAACCGGGGUAUAAGGCUACAUUUACCCCUAUACCACAACCUACUAAUAAAAGAUGUACUUGUACUUGAGUGUCAGGAUACCUCAAAAGGUUACAUAACACUUGUGGGGAUAUAUCUGCUGUCCAGCCAUGGCGGGCAGUUGCAAUAUAUGAGAUAUAACUCGCGGUUCUGCAGAAUUCCUCUGUGGAGAAUACGUCAUGCCAAGGCACAAACGAUCUAUGUGAUGAAGACAUCCAUUGGCGAGGGAGGGAGCUCUUUGCUGCAUGAGCGUAAACCUUAUCGCUAUACAGAAUUCCGUCUCCGCAAAGAGUUAUCGCAGUCAGGAGAGCGCCCGAAAAAGCUAAUCCUAUGUUUCGAUGGAGGGAACCAUAAGCAUGGAGCGAAUCAUCAAUCUAACAUCGAGAAAAUUCAUAACAUGCUUUAUGGCACAAACGGCUCCCAGCUUUGUCACUACCAAAGAGCUAACUUCAGCCGUCCUGAUGACUUUAAAGCAUGUAUGGGUGAUGGAUAUAGUUGGCUCGUAGAUCACUACAACGUUGGAGAUGAGAUAUUUCUUUUCGGCUUUUCUAGUGGGGCUUACAUAGCUCAAGCACUCGCAAGAAUGGUCGACUAUACUGGAAUCUUACCUGAUAACAACGGGGGCUUUCUGGAUGCCUGGGACAUCUACCAAGCCUGGAAUUACUAUGCGCUGAGAGCCGAUGUUGAUGAAAUGUGGGAGGAGAGAGAGAGAUAUUUUCGAAUGAAAACUUUUCGGGAAAAGCUCAGCAAGCCAACCAACAGGAUCCCAUUUCUUGGUUUAUUCGAUACUGUCGUUGUCAAAUCCAAAUAUCUCGGUAGAGAAGGGGAACGAAUCUUUACAGGCACGGAAAUUUCGAAAUCAGCCAGUACUAUCUGCCACGCGGUCUCAAUAGAUGAAUGCCAGCCUGAAUUACGUCCGGUUCUCCUGAAUGAAGAGUUCGGCGAUGGACUACGUAUGAAAGGUAUAAAGCAAGUCUGGUUUCCAGGUAGUCAUGCUGACAUCGGAGGCCUCGUACCACUAGACUCCGAUGAGACUUGGAGUCUCAGCCACAUCCCGCUGGUUUGGAUGGUCCGCGAGGCCACAAACGCCGGUCUGUCUUUCAGGCUCACGACGCAGUUUGGAUGCGAUGAGCAUACACAGGUCAGCCCACUAGAUCUGACCAAGAUAAUGGACAGUGGCAGUUUAAGCGACCAUUAUAAUGCAUUCACAGUCAGUCCAGGAACAAUCUUCUCUAGCGGCCAGUUGAAGGACUCUUUACAUCUGGCAUCCACACAAGGCCACCUGCACAGCACCGUGAGCCACAAACACACAAUGAAUCAAAAUGUCACUCGCGCUCUUCUUGACCAUACUGCAUAUCGACGGUUAACCGUCGCAAAGCGUCGAAAGCUCCCAAUUUUCGCCAAAUUGCAUAUUUCCGCUAUCAACAGAAUGGGCGCGGAGUCCACCCAUUACCACCCAGCUAAUCCGAUUAUGAACCGCGAGCCGGGUAGAACAAUGACCUUAUAUACUGCGUACAAAAGACAUCACUUGCUAGCAAUCAGUGGUGCCAACGAUAUAGUUGGAUCGUUCUACGUUGCUAUAAACAAAGCCGAAGCUCAGUCAAUUGUGCCUGUUGAGCCUCCAAGUCUCUACUCCAAAAUACGCCGCGUUGCAACUUCCAAUUUUCGUCGGGCCGAGGGAUCUACUUUAUUCUAG